GCUGGCCCGCGCACCAGGAAGCGAGGAGAGCGCGUAUCCCAGCGCCCGGCGGCGGUCUUCCUGCGCGCUCAGGACUGCACCAUGCUCGCGCUCCGAAGCGGCCUGAGGACGGCGCUGGCCCCGCGGGUUCUGGCGCCUCAGGUAUGUUCACCUUUUGCUACAGGCCCCAGGCAAAGCGAUGGGACAUUAUAUGAAUUCCGCACCUAUUUUCUCAAGCCCUCAAAGACAAAUGUGUUCCUGGAAAAUUUUAAGAACAGUGUUCACCUUCGGACAGCUCACUCUGAAAUGAUUGGCUAUUGGACUGUAGAAUUUGGAGGCAGAACGAACAGAGUUUUCCAUAUUUGGAAGUAUGAUAAUUUUGCCCAUCGAACUGCAGUCCGCAAAGCCUUGGCCAAGGAUAAGGAAUGGCAGGAACGAUUCCUCAUUCCCAAUUUGGCUUUCAUUGAUAAACAAGAGGUUGAGAUUACCUACUUGGUACCAUGGUGCAAAAUAGGAACGCCUCCCAAGGAAGGAGUCUAUGAACUGGCUACCUUUCAGAUGAAGCCUGGUGGCCCAGCUCUGUGGGGUAAUGCAUUUAAAAGGGCAGUAAAUGCCCAUGUGGAGCUUGGCUACUCUACACUAGUUGGUGUUUUCCACACUGAAUAUGGAGCCCUCAACAGAGUUCAUGUUCUGUGGUGGAACGAGAGUGCAGACAGCCGAGCAGCUGGGAGACACUGGUCUCACGAGGACCCUAGAGUGGUGGCUGCUGUUCGGGAGAGUGUCAGUUACCUAGAGUCCCAGCAGAAUGCGUUCCUGAUUCCAACAUCAUUUUCACCACUGAAGUAGUUUCCUACCCAGCCCCGAGCAUCCCAUCACAGAGGUGAGCUAUAUCCACAGCGGGCACUUCCUGUCUCCAAGAGAGUCGCCCUGUUCAUUGUCUGAAGGACAGGCUGAGCUACUACACUGUGACCUCUGCAUCUUGAAGGCUACCUGAGUCAUUUACUACGAGUAGUUCAGGAAAUGUUUCUGUUCAUUUUCAUAACUACUGGAUAUCAGAAAGCAUUGUUACUCCACUGUUUCACAAUAUCUUGCCUUCUGCUAUUUUUAUGACUAAGUCUUGUAUUCAAAAAUGAUUUUGAAAUUUUUUCCCUCAAAGUAUUUGUAAAUUAGAUAAAUACAAUGUCUGCCUUUUUAUCAUGUUAAUUUUUCCUGAAAUUUAAAACUAUUUUUUACCAGUAAUCCUUUCUUUGUGAUAAUAAGUGGGGUUUAUAGAAAUAUUAAAUCUAGUAUUUGUCUUUAUACUUUAGAAAAGUAUUAAUUAUGGUUUCACAUUCAUUAAGUCAAAAUUGGAAAAUAAUAUAUUCUUGAGACUUAGUGUAUAA